CCCAAAUGUGGCAUGCCAAAAAGCUACUCUGAUCAAAAGAAUGAAAGAGUUGUCAGCACUGGUGGGAGAUACUGGAGGAGAAGGAUUAGUUAAAAAUGGGAACAGAUUGCCCAGAAAGGUGAUGGAAUCUCCAGCCUUGGAGACAGAGCUUGACUGGACAAAGCUUUGAGCAACCUGCUAUGGGUAACUCUGCUGUGACCAAGGAGCUGGACUAGAUGACCUUCAAAGGCCACUUUCAACAUAAAUUAUGCUGUGAUUUAUGGGCUUUAUGGGUAGGAGAGAAGGAGUCAUUACCUUUUCUGGAGAGGAUUAUAAAUUACUGGGAGUGGAUUUAUCAGAGCUGUCUGAGCUGGAGAGAGCCCUGGGGGAAGCAGGACUGGACAAUGAAAUCCCCACCCUCUUCAUAGCAGAGGUGGUGCUCACCUACAUGGAAAAUAGAAGGUCAGAUGCCUUGAUUCAGUGGGCAGCAGAGCAUUUCUCUCAAGCAUGCUUUCUGCUGUAUGAACAGAUGCACCCAGAAGACCCCUUUGGACGUGUCAUGCAGCAGCAUUUUAGCCAGCUGAACUCUGCACUUCAGUCUUUGGCACAGUACCCUGACUGUGAGGCACAGCAGAGGCGCUUUUUUGAAAAGGGCUGGACUGAAUGCAGUGUCAUGGAUAUGAAUGAGUUUUUCACCUGCUGUACUCCAGAAGAUGAGCAGCAAAGAGUGCAGGCUCUGGAGCCUUUUGAUGAAUAUGAGGAAUGGCAUCUGAAAUGUUCUCAUUACUUUGUCUUGACUGCGUCAAAAGGGAUGGAACCUUCCUGGACUCCAUUGUUAUCCAAUAUGACAGUUCCUCAUCAUGAUGGUCCUGUCAGGAUGGCCGGGAGUAUCACUGCAGCAGUGUGUGCAAUACACUCUGAAAUUUCUGGCCUGAGACGUUACGGCCACCACUCUGUUCUUAUAAAACCCAACGUGAUUCUCACCACUGGAGGCUUUGGGGAGGAGGAUGGACAGCACUGCCGUAUGAGAAAUUUUCAUGUGCUAAUUAAACAUGCAGGCUACUGGAAAGCUGGCUGUGUGAAAAUGGAAAAUCCUGAUAAAAGAUGGGAUGAGCGGUUGUACCAUACUGUGUCAUGUCUCUCAAACAGUCUGGCCCUGGUGGUAGGAGGACGAACAUCCCCAUCAAGAGCAGGCUUGGGAAUGUUGUGGCUAAAGUUCCCUGAAACCUGCAAUGCCUCGGACCCAGAUGACAUUACAGUGGAGCUUGUAAGUCUGCAGCCUGCUGCCGAACCAGCUGCUUUGCGUUGGAGACAUAGUACAACUGAAGUAAUAUUCAAAGGUGAGAAGUACCUGUUUCUGUAUGGUGGCCGCUCUGCUAUGGAGCCUGUGCUAGGGGAUUGGUAUUUCCUGCACACCCAAGAACUUUCCUGCACUGUGAUUCCUGUUGAGGGUCCAGUACCAGAAAGCCGUCACUCUCACAGUGCCUGUAGCUGGAAAGGAGGAGUGCUAAUUGCAGGAGGUCUGGGAGUGGCUGAGCAGCCCUUAGGUUCAGUUUUCUUUCUGAGGGAGCUUGAACAUGGCUUUCACUGGCAGACAGUAGAGACGCACCCUUCUCUCAUCCCAAGGUAUUCACAUACUGCACAUGUACAUGAUGGAAAACUUCUGCUUGUUGGUGGAGUGUGGUUUCACUCAUGCUCUGUGCCAGGCAUCACUGUCAUUGACUUAAUGACUGGUCUCUGCUUGGACUAUGUGAUUAAUGUGGAGCAUCUGGAGUGGCCAUUAAUGCUUCAUAAUCAUAGUAGUGUCUUUCUGCCAGAUGAGGAGGAGUUGUUGCUUAUUGGCGGUGGUGGGAACUGCUUCUCCUUUGGGACACACCUGAACCCAGAGCCUGUCUCAUUGAGCCUCAGCAACAUCCUGACCAGCCACUGACUGGGACCAAACAGGACUCAACCAUGCUGCUGCACUGUGCUAAGACGUGUGUUCAGUUGUAGGUCCAAGAGCACCAAAAUGUUUCCACAAAGGUUUUGUAUCCAGAAUGCAUUUGUAAAGGUGGAAUAAGGAGGGACAGUUAUGACAAGAGAUUGCAUACCUCAUCUGUCUUUUUUUUCUUUGUACUGCUCUUUGCAUUGCUGUAAAUAAAGUAUCU